GGGAAAUCCAAGAUGGCGCGUGAACGCGCUAGUUCUGCAUUAACUCCUUUGACGGAAACUACUUUGUUUGUAGGUCCAAAAAUUCCAGAUGAAAUCAAACGAAUGAUACCUCAUCUAACAAAGAUAGAUAAGGCCUUAUUCAGAAAGAUUUUACAAGGUAGGUUGGCAGAGGAUCCCCCUAAAUUAUCAUUAUAGCAUUUGGCUAUUCAAGUCUCUAUAUAUUUUUAUGCCUGGGGAGGUCAUAUCAAGGACUCGUUUGAAACUUACAUCAUAAAUCUCAGGGUCUUUCUUAUUAUAUUGAUUUACUUUUGCUGACUAAGUAUGAGAAAAAUGUGUUUCUUCGUUGUAGCUACGUUUUUCACCCAUAAAUAAUGCGUAAUAAUGCUUUGUAGCACUCUGGAACCACACAGUUGUAUUUCACUUGACUACGGUCAUAUUUGUCAACGAUAACGAUCAAUUAACACAGUAUUGAUUUUUAGUUAUUCUCCUCUAGAUUAGAGAUAUGAUGUCAUCUGACUGUAAUUAAGCCGAAAUUCAAAUUAGCUGGCUUUACUAAAUUUUCACGAGUUUCCUCUACCCUACGUAUGAUCCCAAAUUAGGGAUCACUAUCUUACAAUCCUAGAUAGGAAUAAAAGAAACAACCAUAGGUCUUCAUCUCCUGUGAAGCUGAGUAGGAGUUGCACUGAGAACAUUUGAAAGAAUACUAUAACAUUGGCAUCACUUAAAUAUAGGGGCAGGGGAAGGGAGAGUGCAUACAAAUGUUACAUUCAUUGUGAGUCCCUGAGUUCUUGUCUUCGGCUCUUGGCAGUUAUUAUUUCGGUUUUGGAGGGAAAAGUUCCUGAUGAUGGUCUGCUCCAGAAGCUUCAGUCAGAAACUGUAACAGAGGAUGUCAUAUCCUCUCUAUAUGCUGGGCUGUACUCACUACUGCGCAGUGCUCUGCGUUUGCCCCAGACAUCUUUAAAACCAGAACAGUUUAAGGCAGACCUUGGAGAACUGAAGUAAGUAAGCCCUUGAAACCUUUGAUUUAUAUAUCACAAGCAAUUUUAAUCAUGGAAUGUGCUAAUAAUAUUAACUUUAACCCUAAUUCCUGGAAGUGAUGAUCAGGUAACUUCUCUGUAUGAUCUCUAUACAUUAUCUUGCAGUUAGGUAAUGAGAAUACUCAAACUUAUCAGUUAGAAAUUUGUUAUCUUGAUCUAACAUCAAAAUUCUUGUAACUAAUUUACAAGGAAAUGUGUAGCAGCAAGAGAGGAGAAUUAAGGGUUGAGUGCUCUAAUAGGCCCUUUGAGGAGAGUUUACUAAUUUCUAGGGUCAUUUAGGAGAAGGAUAGGCUAAUUAGUAAUGAGGGUGUAAAAAAAAGAUUUUGAUAUGGGCCAAAAUGUAAGUUAUGACUUUUCUUCUGGCUAUCAUCCAGCUCUAAUGAAAGUUGUUUAUAGCAUGGAUUUCUUGGGUAGGAAAGCUACAAUAUUCAUGAUGCACAAAUAUACAUGUAGUUUAUAAAGCAAGGCUAUUCAGCCCAAGCGAAAAACAACACUUUAGUUUUUGUGAAGAGGAAGAAAGUGGAGGCGCAGCUUAUCAUAGCAUUCAGCAGGUUUUGCGUAAUUUUGAUUUCAUGUUUUUACACUUACCUUGAGAAUUGUGUCUGUGAACACCGUUAUACAGAACUCUGUAGUUCUCUUUUAGUUCUCUAGGAGAAAGGCAGUGUUCAUGCUAGUGAGUCUCUCUUUUUAUUUUUAACAAUAAUUCAUGUGUGUACAUGUCUACCCAUACAUCCACCUGUGCUUGAUUCAACCUGUUGGCCUGGAAUUUUAUAAAAUUUCAAAUCCUUCCUUUAUGCUUGAAUGACUUCUCAUGGUACCAAACUGGUUUUAUUGUUUUGUCUGAAAGGAUUCCUGCUGAAUUAAUUCCUGAUCUCUCAAGCGUUGUGUUUGGAGAAAAGUAAGUGUGUUUUUAAAAUAUUGUGAAAUUUUACUCUGUUUAUUAGGUAAAUGCCUCUUUGCUUUUGUGGACUGGUAACCAUAAAAUCUUAGACAUAUGGACAAAUGAGAUAUUAAAGAAAUGUUUCACAAUGAUUCCAUGAGCACAUGUUGGAUAUGAGGUGGUAAAUAUAACCAAUCUUACAUCCAAUCUUGUAUUACAAGGUGAAGGGAAUAAUUUUUUUGUUAGUUUUCAUUGAUUGAAUCCUUAAUGUUUAAUGGUUUUAGGCUUUUUACAGCUUCAAUAUUAGGUGACUCUAAAUUUAUUCAUAGUUAAUAAAUUACCGAUAAUCUAUGGUGCAAUUUGAUAGUCUCAUUUGUUUGCAUGGGUUUUUUUUUUAGAGUGUGAUAGUUCCAAAAAUACUUAUUUAUAUAAAGAAAAUACUAGCAUCCAAUUUGCUUCAUAUGGACUGAUCUGGGAUGUAGCAACAAAUAAAUACCAAGUUACUGUAUUGUGAAAGAUUAUGGAUGCAUAUUUUUUAUCAAUAUCUUAUUUUGUAGAAGACCGGCAUUUGAUGCAGCUGCUCUUCAAAACAGAAAUCACCUUCCAACUUUAGAUUCACUGCGAUGGCGAGUCGAUGUUGCUAUAUCCACAAGGUAAGUCCAGGUUAUCAUCUGGUGAUGAAUUGAUAAAUUGAUUUUAUUUUAUUUAUUAUUUGAAAAAUUAAACUUCUCCUAACAUGAAGUAAAUAAGUUGCAAAACUGUAGGGACAUUUUUAUGUUUCCACACACUCUUCCUGACAUAGAGAGAUGGGAAGAUGGUGAAAAUUUUAUCAGUGUGAGUCAAUGCUCAACUUUUGACUGAAUUUCUUUGCAACUAUGUUGAGAGGCUUAUUACAUACCAGCAACCAUUUUUUCUUCCUGUAGUCUACAUAGUAUUUAUAAUGGGUGACAGAAGGUUUGUAUGUGAUGCGUGAUUAAGGCCAAAACCAAUUUGUCUAAAAUGUAAUGUUUAUAAAAUGUAAUCAGAACCACCCCCUCCUCCUCCCCUCCUCUAGCUAGCCUCUUUAUAGGGUUUAUGCAGUGUUACUGCUAUUAUUUUUCAGUGCCCUAAACAGAGUGUUGGAACCAACAGUGCUUAUGGAGCUGAAGCUCAGUGAUGGAAAGGUCCAUACAUUUGAGGUACAGGUGUAUGUGGUUAAUUAUUUUGUGGUCCCACAUUCAUUUUAUUGCAACAUUGCUUAAACAAAAAAUGCCAAUAUUUGUUUUUACUCAUAACUGCGAAGAGCCUUGUUUGUGAAUUGUUAUUGUUGUUUUUUCAAAAGAUUGACUUAAGUUUUAUUUUGUGAUUAUCAAGAAAUUAGACUGCUCUUAUAGAACAUAGAUUGAAUAAAAACAGCAUCAUAAAAGAGGUGUUAAAUUAUUUUUUUUGUGGGAUGGGAGGGGUAGGAGGAGUGUCUAGCAAGAUUGCGUAAAGUUGAUGGAGUCCAUUGACCCUUCAGUGAACAAGUCCUUCCUUGCCAAUAAGGAGAAAAAAAGGAAGCCAAUGAGUUGGUAGCCAUAGUGAAGUUUUAUGCUGAGAGGGCACUAUAUGGGCUGUUGUCUUUUUUGGAUAGGCUUGUUAAUGACCCCAGUCUUAAUUUAGCUCCCAGACUUCUUGACCUGGGUCAACUGGGCUGACUGUCAGCCCACAGGCCACCCAGUCUCAAAUCAUGCUGAUUUAAUUUCUCUUAUUACAGGUGUCCUUGUCCAAAUUUCAUGAGUUGCGUUAUAAUGUGGCAUAUGUGUUGAAAGAAAUGGAGGAAAUUGAGAAAAAGAGCAUUUUGAAGAUACAAGAUUAAUUUUCAGCCUCUAACAGUAUAGGUAGGCUAGGAAGCUAUAAUUUGUUGUUUAGUGGCCAGUAUUUGAUUUAAUAGAGAGCAAAAGGAUAAAAUGUUUGUGAGAUGUGGACAGUGGCUGAAAGUAGAGAGUUCUUUUCCCAAGCUUGAUACAGAUCUUGUGUCUGUGAUGCUGAGAAAUUUGCUUUCUAGUGUGCAAUUGUGCCAAAGUAGGUGUACUUGCCUUCCAAUUACUUUUCAUUUGUCUGUGCUCAACUUUCCUCUCGCCAAGUUGCUUCCUGACAAAAUCAAGUAACACUGAAUGCCUGCACUAUCUUAGUAAUGUGUUAUUGUGUUAAUCAGGCUGGAGAGCAGCAAGACUCAUGAAACAACCACAGAAUUUGACUAGUUAUGGUUUACUUGUCAUUGUUCCAAGGGAGGGUUUGCAGUGUGCUUAUUGUUCUUUUAGUUGACAAUAGCAAAAUUUUGUGCUGGAGAAUCAUGGUAUCUUCUUGUAUUUUUCAGAUUACUCUAAAAUUUGUUGUACAAAAGUUAGAAAUAAUCAUGUGUUGAGAGACCAUUUCAAUCUUAAUUUAGACAAACCCAAAUAGUUUUUCUAAGAAAUAAAGCAAAAAGUGAUGGAAUAAAAAGGUGCAUGCUAGUUUUAAACACAGCUAGAAAGUUAAAUAUAACACAGUGUGGGUAUACUGUAGCAUAUACUCUCCUUGUGUCAAAAGCUUUCUUGUGUUCUCUACGGCAUUGUUUGACAUCUCUCCAACAAUCAGUCAUAGACCACAACUCCACAUGGUAAUGACAAAACACUACAGAUGUAACAGAAAAUUGUAAAGUGCUUGAUGUUCAGUAGAUGUGAUAGAUAGGUAAAUUGUUUAGAAGUGGGGCAUAAGUAUUUUUGUCUCUCAGUUUUCCCAAUUAGAAAUAUUUCUGAUAAGAGCAAAGCAUUGGAAUGGAAUUUUAAUUGUCAUGUUCAGUGUAAGUGUACCCAAUGUCUACUCUUCCAGCUCUGUGGAGUUUGUGUAUAAUCAUUGACCAUAUUCUUGUAAUUAUUUACUUUCUGUUAUCAGGAAAGGUAUCUAAUUUUUUAUGAGAUAUUUCUAACCUUUUGAAAUAUAAUUUAAGACUUGUUGUCAUCGUGAUAAGAAAUUUUAGUUCAAAUUGUUUCAAAGUUAAAAAAAGGACCCUUCUUGAUGUAGACUA